AUGCCCGCAGAACAGCAGCCCCAACAACCCUCAUCGUCCACUGCGCCUCCAGAUACAGAGAACGACAUAGAGAUGCCGCCACUCCGCACCCUCCACAACACCUUCACCACCGCCCUCUCCGACUUCGCCGCAUCCCCCUCUCUUUUCCGUGUGCUGUACACCCACCCCCCUCGGCGACGGCCUUCCCAAGCCCCCACCCACUACCCGCAAAAGCUGUUCGUCCUCGAUUCCAGCUUCAACCCGCCCUCACGCGCGCACCUCGCCGUCGCCAAGUCGGCCGUGCUGGCGUAUCUGCGCGAGACCCACAGUGGUGGCAAUAACAGUCGUAGGUUCAGCGAGCAGCAGCAGCAGCAGCAGCAGCAGCAGCAACAGCAGCCGCGAUUACGCCUACUGCUCCUGCUGGCGACUGAAAACGCCGACAAGGCGCCUAAGCCGGCGUCGUUCCCGGACCGCGUUGCUAUGAUGGCCGCGAUGGCGGAGGAGUUGCAUGCGCAGGUGCGGCGCGAGGCGGUGGCUCUGCUUCGUGACGAAGCUGGAAGUGGAAGUCGAGGUGGAGGUGCGGCGGAGCUCGAGAUCGAGAUCGACGUCGACUGCGGCGUGACGAAGAAGCCUUUCUUUGUGGACAAGGCGGCAGCUAUCGACGAGUCGGGCGUGUACGGAUCACAGAACGAGUCCGCUGGGUUUGAGCAGGUGCAUUUGGCCGGGUUUGACACGCUGGUGCGGAUCUUUGACAGGAAGUAUUAUGGGGAGGAGGGCUUGAGGGUGCUAGAUGGGUUUCUGGCGAGGCAUAGGGUCAGGGCGAUGUUGAGGACGGGGGAAGGUGGCAAGUAUGGUGGGCAAGAGGAGCAGAGGGUGUGGUUGGAUGGAAUGGCGGAGAGGGAGGAGGGCGGGUUUCGGAGGGAGUGGCUCGAGAGGGUGGAGGUUGUGGAGGGGUGUGGAGAGGAGGUCGAGGACGUGAGUAGUACGAGAGUGAGGGAGGGGGUGCAGAUGGGGGACUGGGGACUCGUGGAGAGCUUGGUGGGGAGCGAGGUUGCGGGCUGGAUUCGGGAGAGGGGACUGUACAUGGACGAGGAUAAGGUGGAUGGCCGAGAGAAGCUGUAG